GACCGCAACUGCGGGACCGCAAUGGCGCACGGGACUUUGCGUGGUACGUGUCGCUCUUUGACGAGGCAGCGCAGCACAUGGUGAACACGGGGGGAAGCGCGGUGACAGGCGAGGUGUCCAGCACGCUGCACACAAGCUCAGGCGUGGUGCUGCGAGGCCACGUGGACGACAGGCACACGGUGCCGGAGCUGCUACACCUGGUGCUGCCCAGGAGCAAGUUCAUUGUCAUUCUCAGGAACCCCGUCGACCGGUUCUUCUCCGAGUUUAACCUCGCUGCCGUUGUCAACCCCUCGCCCUCCGUGCCCAGGGACUUUCAUAAAUACCGUGUUGGAGGAUGA